AACGGAAAUAUCUUAGCACUUGAGGAACGAGAACAUGCACACCACGGAGAUGCCACAUGCUGGUACAUCCAAAAAAAUAAGAACGUUGUCAAUCGCAAGUGGUGUGGGACUAGUUCCAAUUAAGGCCACUAGCAACCAAGUGUGUGAAUAUUGACUUGGAAAUGGAAACAUUGAGAGAGUAACCAACGAAUGAAUAAAGAGGUUUCCUAGAAGCAACUUUUCGUCGAGGAUUUAUAGACAUAAAUUAAUGUAUUUACAAUCACACUUUCUUUCUUGUGUGGCGAUAUCAUAUAUGCUCAACAAUAUGGCUUCAUCACAAUCACAAUGUGUUACUGUUCUGUCACUGUUUAUUCUCUUCUUCUUCUUGUCACCAGUAAUCCAAUGGAAAGCCCAAGCUGGCGUUACUCUUCCAACGGCUGAAGUGGAAGCCAUUAAAGAAAUAGCUGCACAAAUGAACAAGACAGACUGGAACUUCGAUGACCCUUGUAGUAACCAAUCGACUAUUGAUAAACCACGCACAGAUCAGUACAUCAAUGAAAUCGUAUGCAAUUGCUUCAUCCCUGCUCAUAAUGAAUGCCAUAUCCAAAGCUUUAAUUUUUCAGGACAGGAUCUUGAUGGUAAUCUUCCACCAUCACUAUGGAAGCUACCUUACCUUAAGGAAAUUAAAUUGGAACAGAACAUCCUCAAAGGUCCGAUACCAAGAGAGUGGACUUUGACAAAGUUAGAAUCUGUGCACAUUAGUGCAAACAAUUUAUCAGGGCCAAUCCCUGCCUAUAUAGGAAACAUCACCACUCUCACCUAUUUGUCCUUGGAGAGCAACUUGUUUUCUGGAACUGUUCCCUCUGAGCUUGGGAAAUUGGUGAACUUGACUCAUUUGAAUCUUAAUGCAAACAAUCUCACUGGACAGUUCCCUUUGUCUCUCACUAAUCUCUCCAAGUUAUCCGUGCUUAGGAUCAGUAGUAACAACUUUACAGGAAGUAUGCCUGAGUUUAGCGGUUGGAAACAACUUCAGAAUUUAGAAAUGGAAGCAAGUGGUUUCAAAGGGCCAAUUCCUUCUAGUAUUUCUAGCUUGGAUAAGUUGAUAGAAAUAAGGAUUACUGACUUAAAUGGAGAGAGCUCAAAUAUUCCGGACUUGAGAAACAUGACAAACAUGAGAAAAGUGAUGAUGAGGAGCUGUAAUUUAAGAGGAAAUAUCCCUGAAUACUUUCGUAAUUUUGAAACUCUAAACGUCUUAGAUCUUAGCUUCAAUAAACUUACAGGGGGAGUUCAAAAUUUGGAACAUUUAAUUCGAUUGAAAACACUAUAUUUAACAAGUAACUUACUCAGUGGGCCUAUUCCAAAGUGGAUCAUAUCCAGAGGUGCUACCUUGAGGUUGUUUUGCAAAAUUAGGAUUAAUUUUUUUCCACCAUCACUAUGGAAGCUACCUUACCUUAAGGAAAUUAAAUUGGAACGGAACAUCCUCAAAGGUCCGAUACCAAGAGAGUGGACUUUGACAAAGUUAGAAUCUGUGCACAUUAGUGCAAACAAUUUAUCAGGGCCAAUCCCUGCCUAUAUAGGAAACAUCACCACUCUCACCUAUUUGUCCUUGGAGAGCAACUUGUUUUCUGGAACUGUUCCCUCUGAGCUUGGGAAAUUGGUGAACUUGACUCAUUUGAAUCUUAAUGCAAACAAUCUCACUGGACAGUUCCCUCUGGCUCUUACUAACCUCUCCAAGUUAUCCGUGCUUAGGAUCAGUAGUAACAACUUUACAGGAAGUAUGCCUGAGUUUAGCGGUUGGAAACAACUUCAGCGCUUAGAAAUGGAAGCAAGUGGUUUCAAAGGGCCAAUUCCUUCUAGUAUUUCUAGCUUGGAUAAGUUGAUAGAAAUAAGGAUUACUGACUUAAAUGGAGAGAGCUCAAAUAUUUCGGACUUGAGAAACAUGACAAACAUAAAAAAAGUGAUGAUGAGGAGCUGUAAUUUAAGAGGAAAUAUCCCUGAAUACUUUCGUAAUUUUGAAACUCUAAACGUCUUAGAUCUUAGCUUCAAUAAACUUACAGGGGGAGUUCAAAAUUUGGAACAUUUAAUUCGAUUGAAAACACUAUAUUUAACAAGUAACUUACUCAGUGGGCCUAUUCCAAAGUGGAUCAUAUCCAGAGGUGCUACCUUCCAAAUAGAUUUAUCUUACAAUUACUUUUCAGAGAUAUCUGAACUAUCAACUUGUAAAGAUUCUUAUUUAAAUCAGUUUCGAAGCACAUGUGGACAUGAAAACAACUCAAUGCUCAGCCAGUGCUUGUCUCCAUGCUCAAAAGAGCAUUAUUCGUUGCACAUAAAUUGUGGUGGAAAACAAACCACCAUUGGAAACAUCAAAUAUGAAGAGGAUCAAGGAUCCGUACAUCCUUCAAUUUUUUUUAAAAGCUCAACCAAUUGGGGAUUUAGCAACACUGGAGAUUCAUGGGAUUCUAUCACUAAAGCCGGGGACUACAUAGCAAACAAUGCAUCAGUAUUACGAAUGAACAAUUCCGAGCUCUACACAACUGCGCGCAUCUCACCUCUUUCGCUAACUUACUAUGCUCGUUGCUUAGGAAAUGGAAAUUACACUGUGAAACUUCAUUUUGCAGAGAUAGUAAUAAGAGACAACAAAUCUUAUUACAGUCUUGGAAGGCGAAUAUUUGAUGUUUAUGUUCAGGGAAAACUAGAGUUGAAAGAUUUCAACAUUGAAAAGGAAGCUAAAGGAGUUGAUAAGGAAUUUAUCAAAGUAGUUAAGGGAGUUGUUGUGAGUCAUAAGACACUCGAGAUCCGCCUCCAAUGGACAGGGAAAGGGACAAGGAAUAUUCGAAAGCGUGGAUCAUAUGGCUCUUUAAUAUCAGCUAUCUCAAUAAAUUCUGAUUUCGAACCUCCGAGAACUAACAAAACAAAAAAGUUCAUCAUUAUCGGACUUGCUUCAUUUCUUUGCCUUCUUUGCAUGGCCUAUUUAUGCAUUCUUGGGUGGAAAGGCUAUUUAGGAACUGCAACAAAUAAUGAUUUGAUUUGGACAAGUACUAACUUGAAGAGAGGAGACAAUCAACCUGAGCUUCAUUUUUUUGGGUUGGAUAACAUACUAAUGGCCACAAACAAGUUUAGUAUUACAAACAAACUUGGUCAAGGAGGAUUUGGUCCUGUUUAUAAGGGACAACUACAUGGGAAAGAAGUUGCAGUGAAAAGACUGUCUAGCAGCUCAUCACAAGGCGAUGAAGAAUUUAGGAAUGAAAUGAUAUUGAUCUCCAAACUUCAACAUAGAAAUCUUGUUAAGCUCAUUGGUUGCUGCAUUGAAAAUGAAGAGAAGUUGUUAAUAUACGAGUUCAUGCUCAAUAAGAGCUUGGAUACUUUUAUUUUCGAUGAUAGAAGAAGGGUAGAGCUUGAUUGGGCCAUACGAUUCAACAUUAUUGAUGGCAUUGCAAGAGGUCUUGUGUAUCUCCAUCGCGAUUCCAGUUCAAGGGUGAUACAUCGAGAUUUGAAGGCCAGUAAUAUUCUAUUGGAUGAGAAGAUGACUCCAAAAAUUUCUGAUUUUGGAUUAGCAAGGAUUUUUGAAGGCACGUUAGAUCUAGCAAAUACUCACAGGGUGGUAGGAACAAUCGGCUAUAUGUCUCCAGAGUACGCAUUGAGAGGAAUCUUCUCGGAAAAAUCUGAUGUGUUUAGCUAUGGCGUGUUAUUACUAGAGAUAAUAAGCGGGAAAAAGAAUACUAGCUUCAAGGAAGAGGAUCAAUACCAAGGCCUUAUUGCAUAUUCAUGGCAACUAUGGAGUGAAGGCAGAGGAAUAGAGUUGGUGGAUGAAGCAUUAGGCAAGUCAUAUAAUGAAUCAGAGGCAUUGAAAUGCAUACACAUUGGGCUUCUGUGCGUUCAAGACUUUGCCACAGAUAGACCUUCCAUGGCUCAAGUAGCUUCCAUGUUAAGUAACCAAAUAUUUGAUCAACCUCAACCCAAACAACCUAUUUUUACUUUUCAAGCCGGCAGUAGUAGUAGUUAUGAUCCUUCCACACAAAGUGGUAGCAGAUGCGCUGCUACUGUAUCAGUGGUUGAACCUCGAUAAAAAUAAAAUAUAUGAUUUACACAAUUCAACAUUUUCGUUGAAAUUUUGAUAAAAACUCGUGCAAUUUGAUGCA